AUGCCCCUCUCUUCUCGUUGGCAAAUCGAAAUUCCUCCUGUAACUCUUCCAACCUAUCUCUUCAACUCUCCCGCACACUCUCUUUCAGAAAAGCCCGCAUUCAUCAAUGCCGCAGACCCGUCGCAUUUCCUCACCCUUUCAAAAUUCCGUCUCUAUUCACAACGUCUAGCUGCUGGGCUCAUCAAAAAUGGGUUGAAACCUGGUGAUCGGGUAUUACUUUUCUCGGGUAACAAUCUAUUUUUCCCGGUUGUGCUUGUGGGCAUCAUUAUGGCAGGAGGCAUUUUUACGGGGGCUAAUCCGGGGUUUGUGGAGAGGGAAUUGGUGUACCAGUUGAAGGAUUGUGGGGCAAAGUUUUUGAUUUGUGGGAGGGAUGGUCUGGGGAUUGGGGUGAAAGCUGCGGAGGAAGUGGGAUUGGGAAAGGAGAGGGUUUUUAGUUUUGACGAUGAGGAGGUUAGUGGUGGGAGAGAGAUAAAACAAGGAGUGAAAAGUUGGUGGAAAUUGCUAGAGAGUGAGGAGGUUGGAAAGCGAUUCCAAUGGAACGAGGAUGUUGAUCCAAAGGAAACGGUUUGUUGUUUGAAUUAUAGUAGUGGGACAACUGGGCAACCCAAAGGGGUAAUGAUUACGCAUUAUAAUUAUGUUGCGAACGCGGUGCAAUAUAGACAUUUACAUGAACUCCAUGCCGAUACAGAAGAAAGGAACAGAAAAGCAAAAUGGUUAUGUUUUCUCCCUUUGUAUCACGCCAUGGGUCAAACAAUUUUCUGCACGGUAGCGCCUAAACGUGGAAUUCCAGUCUAUAUCAUGAAGAAGUUUGAUUUUAAAGGGAUGCUGGAAGCGGUACAGAAAUAUAAGAUUACAGUGUUGAGUAUGGUACCUCCAGUUGUGGUCCAAGGAUGGGGCAUGACUGAAGCAACAUGCUCAGUCGUUGGUUGCGAUCCUCGACUUGAUCCCCCCCCAAACACGGUUGGUGAGCUUAACGCCAAUUGCCGCGCUAAGAUCGUGAACCCAGAGACGUUGGAAGAGGUCAAGCAGGGUGAACGAGGGGAAAUCUGGGUUCAGGCUCCUAAUAUAAUGAAAGGCUACUGGAACAAACCUGAAGCCACCAAAGAGACAAUCGUAAAUUCUCCAGAAGGCCGCUGGCUUCGCACAGGAGAUAUAGCCUACGUGGACUCUAAAAACAAUUUUUACAUCGUCGACCGGAUGAAAGAACUUAUUAAAGUAAAAGGUAAUCAAGUUGCACCAGCUGAACUAGAAGCGCUUUUAUUAGAACAUCCAGGGAUUGCGGAUGCAGCCGUGAUUGGGGUGACGAUUGGGGACGGAGAGGUCCCAAGAGCUUACGUGGUGAGGAGCGGAGAUGGAAAUGUGACGGCGGAAGAGGUCACAAGGUGGGUAGAGGAAAGAACUACUAGGUAUAAGUGGUUGAAGGGUGGUGUGGUAUUUCUGGAUGCAAUUCCUAAGAAUCCGAGCGGAAAAAUAUUGAGAAAGGUGCUGAGAGAAAAGGCAAAGGAUGAGAUUAGUAGGAAUGAGAUAAAGGCUCGACUUUAA